UCAAGUAAAUUUUUUUCAUCAUCAUCUUGUUAUGUCAAUCCUGUUUUCAUUUGAGACGUCGUCGUAGUCGUCGCGAGCGAAAUCUUGGCUAAAGCUCAUGGUUGUAUAUAUAUAUAGCUAGCGAACUCUAUAAAAUGAUGAUGAUUGUGAUUCUCUCUUGCUUCGAUUGUAGUUCACAUACAUGCACAAACACACACAGUGAGAUAUAUUGAAAUAUAUAUUAACUUAAUCUUCAAGAUUCUGGUAUACAUAGAUACUCAUAUCGCGGUUAUACAUGAUAGCAUGGGUUCACCGGAAAGCCAUAGCCAACAAAUAUAUGAAAAACAGUGAAAUUCCUAUACCCAAAGUCGUCUGAUCAUUGUCGCCUUACUCAUUCUAUGUCUAUAUUUUUCAACUUUUGUUUUUGUCCAAUCCAUUCUUUCAACCAAAAUAAUGGCUGUAGCAUUAUCCGUUUGGUCAAAAAUUGCAGCACUGUAGCCGAGAAUAUUUGAUAGUCAAAAGUGAAGAAUUUUGUUUCCAUAAUUGCAUUUGAAAUUUCGCUCUCCAUUUAGCAUACAAAGAAAAAAAUCGUAUUUAAAAUGGCAUCCACUAUUGAUGGUGAUGGUGGAUGUGAAGUAGUAUCUGAAACUACUGUUUUAAAUGAACAAUCAAAACUAAAAUGACCAUUGAAUCAUUGGCAACAAAUAUUGAUAGUAAAUUGAAUCUAAAUGAUCAUAUAAGCGAUUCGACUAUAUCAUCAUCACAAUGUCCCAAUGAUGACAUUACUACGAUCAAAAACGAAUCACAAUCUUCGACAUUGUCAUCGUCAUCAUCAUCAGCUCAAACAAGCUCAAAUACAACAAGUAAUGUAACGGCUAACCAAAACAAUCAUCACCAUAACAAUACAAAUAAUGUGCCCAAGUUUGGCACACCGGUUCCUAAUCGCGUUUUCGUCGGUGGUAUACCUGAUGAUGCUACUGACAAUGAUGUACGGCAGUUGUUUGCUCAAUAUGGUAAUAUUAAAUUGGUAAAAAUAAUCACCGAUCGUGCUGGCAUCUCCAAAGGUUAUGGUUUCGUUACAUUCGAACGUGCAGAAGAUGCACAGAAAGUGAUCAAAGAAGCCGAAAAUUUGAUCAUCAAAAAUCGUAAGCUAAACGUUUCGACAGCUGUGAUGAAGAGGCAAGAUUUUCCAUUCGAACCAAGAAUGAUGCCGACUACUGGAAUGUUGUUCUAUCCACAGAUUUCUACUUUUGCCAAUCCUGUAACGGCUUCAGCCGCAUCAGGCUACAAUCAUCAUCAUCAAUAUUAUAGUGAAAAUUACCCCUAUCCAUUGAUUGAAGGAUUACCCUUUGCCAUGCCACUGGCCACGAUGAAUGGACAUUUUAUUCCUGGAUUACCUCCAGCCGGAAAUGCCUGUGCUCCUCUCUUGACAUCGCCAGUAUCUGCUGCGGCUUCCCAAUACAUUGCAGCUCAACAACCGCCACCGACAGCUUCAACUCAAGCCUAUUCUCCAGUCAAUCCAUAUCCAUCAACGGGUCCAUCUGCGGCCACACAUUACAUUUAUUCAGCCAAUCCAUCGGCCAAUUCAUCGUCCAUUGCGAUUGCAGGAUAUGGUGGAUCACAGCAAUCAACACAUGUGUUGACGGCAGCAGGAACUGGAUCGAAUGCUGCUAUGAACGUAUCUCCUGUCUUUCCACCGCUUCCAUCGCAGACAACACCAUAUCCAUCUAAUGUCACUGCCACAAAUAGUACUACACCCAAUGUUGGAAAUAAUGGUCUAUCAGGUUAUCAGCAAUUAAAUGGCAUUACUUCCACUAGUGGACAUCCAGCUGGUAAUUCAGCACCAAUAUCGUCAUCAUCAUCUCAGAUGAACGUGGGCAGUAAUCAAUCACAGCAGCAGCAAUACUUGGCAUAUUCAAAUUCUAUACCCGAUUCAAUGGUGGCCAAUUCGAACUCUCCGAAUAAUAAUACUGGUAUGGUGAUUAUGGCCGGUGGCGGCCAUCCAUCACAUCAUCAGCCAUCAUACACAACAUAUCCAUCAUCGACCAAUCCAUCUUCAUUGAAAAUGGAUGGAUUAGUUGAUAUGACAUUGGUAUCGCCCUCGAUGGAUACGACGAAUUCCACUUUGGUUCCUCAUCCAAUGGGCUCUCAUUAUGCCAGCCAUAUGCCGAAUGCUCAUCAUUACAUGCAAUCGCAGCAACCACCACCACAACCAGGGGCUCAUUACAUGCAUAUGGCAAGUAUCGGCGGUAUUGAACUACAUCACAUGUGGUCAUCGUCGGCAACAACGCCCACCACUUCAUCUCUUGGCCAUCACCAGAAUAGUACUACUAAUGUGCCUAAUGGUCAACCUCCUCCACAGAAACUACCAGUAGCAGGAAAUUUUGCCGUUGUUCAACCGCAAACAACAACAUCAGUUAUGAAUGGCCAGAAAUCAAAUCAACCAUUAAUAACGUCUACAACGGGACAUAGAUCACAAUAUCAUGGUCAUUAUGCAAAUAAACGAUCAUCACCACCUGUAUCGCAAUCGACAUCUUCAUCGAAUCGUUCAUCAUAUCCGGCUACUAGCAACAAUAUUCAUUAUAAUCAAUCGAUGAUAACCAAAGAUAAGAUGACUGUUCAUAGUAAUCGCCAUUCAAAUCCAAAUUCAUCGUCUUCGUACAACCAUAACAGUCAUUCUAGUUCUUACAACAACAAUAGUAGCAAUGCUAGUCAUCAUCAUCAUAAGAAAAUGUACCAUAAUAAUGGCCAUCAUACAUGGAAUUCGAAUACACGAAUUCCAUCGAACAAAGUAUUGAAUGGUCAUGGUCAUAAUCGUGGCCAUAAUUAUCAUGAUACUAUGGCUAUGACAGAUAUGGCUAAAUCAUCAUCAUCAUACAGUGGUGGUGGUGGUCAUCAUUAUCCACCCUCAAACACCCAUAAACCAUCAUCAGUUAUGUUUUCCAAUAAUCACAAUCGAACGGGUAAUGGACAUUAUCAAUAUCCGUCGAGUGCAAUAAAAACAAAUCAUGUGGUACAAUCAUCAUCAUCUACUUCCUCGUCGUUGCAACAGCAGCCACAAGCCUAUGUUACGAAAACGAUCAAUGGUGUUCAGAUUUAUGCAUUGGCCAAUAACACCAAUACAACCUCUUUAGAUGCUCAAUCACAACCAUCACCAACAGUAGCAGCACCCGGAAAUGGUGUCUCAAAUGGUGGCAUUUUGACAUCGCCUCCAUCAUCAUCAUCAUCAUCAUCAUCACCGUACAAGACAUCAUCAUGACCCAGUAUAUGAGAAAACUACGACCGACGAUCUCAUCCCGAAAUCGGAAUUUAAACAUUCCACGCCCAAUCAGGAAAUGACAACCACGUGGAUCACCACCAUUAUACAAUUUGUCAUUGUUAAAUCCUCUUUACAGUUUUCGUUUCGUUUUUCUCCUUUUUGUUGUUUCAUUUUAUUAUUAUGUUCUGUUCCCGUUUCAUUUCAUAUGAUUAUCCCGAAUUCAUCUUAUUUCUCUCCUUAACGUUCUCUCUUUCUGUUCAACACACACACACACACCCUAGUCACAUUCAUACUAAAUAGGCACACAGGUCCAUAAUCUACUGCUACUAUAUUCAGAUCAUAGUAUUUUUCAAAAUUCAUUCAUGGUCCCGAAAGUGGUCGAAAUUCUAAAAAAAAAUUCAACAAACAAACACAAAGAUACGAUUUUUGUUUCUACUUAAAAACCAGUAUAACAAACACGCCCAAAACCCGAAAUCAAGAUCGAUUAUAAAUGUGUGCCUUUUUCGUCGUUCAUAACAAUUUUUGUUAAAUAAUUUCCAUCUGGGUCGAUAUCGAUAGUUUCGAUAAUUAUUUACUCGUCACAGAAAAAAUACCUGAACAUACACACAAACACAGAAUCAAUGGCUGGCUGGAUAAUUUUUCGUAACCUGUUGUCAAAUGUGAUAACCGAACAGACAUAUACACACAACACACCCAGUCAAACUGUAUCUUUUGUUUAUUGCCAAAAGAUGGGAAAACUUGGAUCAACACAAAAUAUAACAAGAUAAAAUUUAACAUUCACACAGAAAACAAUAGCAGUAAGAAGAAAUCAAAUGAAUGAAAACAAACAAACACACACACACAUAAGACAGAAUAUUCUGGGAGAAUUUUGAGAAUAAAAUAAUUAAAAUUUUAAAAUGA